ACAAUUUGGGUCUUGAUGAACUGGGAUGGUCGGAAAUUCGGAUUGAAGUUCAUUAUAUGUUGGUAUGGAAGUGAUAAGAUGAAGUACCUCUGUGCAUUAGUUCUUAUAGCAGUGGCGGCUUCGGCCUCAGCCGUUUCCUUCUUCACUGUGGUAAUGGAGGAGUGGGAGAGUUUCAAGUUUGAACAUAGUAAAAAAUAUGAAAGUGAUACCGAAGAAACAUUCCGUAUGAAGAUCUUUGCUGAGAAUAAGCAGAAAAUUGCUGCCCACAACAAGCUCUAUCAUACUGGUUCAAAGACUUACAAACUUGGGAUGAACAAAUAUGGUGAUAUGCUUCAUCACGAAUUUGUGAACAUGAUGAAUGGAUUCCGUGCUAACACCAGUGGUGCUGGUUACAAGGCAAACCGUGGUUUUCAAGGAGCACACUUUGUGGAGCCACCUGAGGAUGUUGUAAUGCCCAAAAGUGUUGACUGGAGGGAGAAAGGAGCAGUCACUGAAGUAAAGGACCAGGGAUCGUGUGGCUCAUGUUGGGCUUUUUCUGCAACUGGAGCUUUGGAAGGUCAGCAUUACAGACAAACUGGAGACUUGGUAAGCCUCUCUGAACAAAACUUGGUCGAUUGCUCUUCUAAGUUCGGAAAUAAUGGUUGCAAUGGUGGUCUCAUGGACAAUGCAUUCCAGUACAUCAAAGUCAAUGGUGGCAUUGACACUGAAAAAAGUUACCCUUAUGAAGCAGAGGACGAACCAUGCCGGUACAAUCCUGCAAAUGCUGGUGCUGAUGAUAGGGGCUUUGUGGAUGUCCGUGAAGGAAACGAAAAUGCUUUGAAGAAAGCCAUUGCCACAAUUGGGCCGGUUUCUGUUGCUAUCGAUGCUAGCCAAGACUCCUUCCAGUUCUAUCAACAUGGAGUAUACAGUGAUCCAGACUGCUCAGCAGAAAAUUUGGAUCAUGGAGUCCUUGCUGUUGGCUAUGGCACUACUGAGGAUGGCCAAGACUACUGGCUUGUGAAGAACUCGUGGAGCAAGUCAUGGGGUGACCAAGGCUACAUUAAGAUUGCACGCAAUCAAAACAAUAUGUGCGGCAUCGCAAGUGCUGCAUCCUAUCCCUUGGUUUAAAUGUCAGCCUUGUUUGAAUUUUCAACAUCUUAAACUUCCUCACUAUUGGUAUGUUCAGGCCAAGUUAGACUGUUAUACUCUUUCAUUAAGACCGGAAGAGAAAAAUUAAAAAGAGGAGUUAAUACCUGGUGGUUAUGAAUUAUUUUAAAACUGUCAACACUUUCAAUAAGUGUUUUUUUUAAUACAAAAUUGAAGUGAUUAGUGUUAAGGAAAUGAGCAUUAUGUAGUUAAAGUAGCAUUUACUUGUUAAAUGUGACUGGAGCAGUAGAUUUUAGGAGACAUUGAAAAUUGGUUUUUAUCAGAUGCUUUUAUGGUUUUUAAUAGAAAUUCAAUACUAUUCUAAAUGUCAUAGGUUGUGAUUUUAUAUUCUUGAUUAAUGGGAACAGCUUACUGGCCGGAGAGCUUAGUCUGUGAUUCAUAGAUUUUUAUAAUGUUUAUAUGACCAUUUCAGAUAUGGUUCAGUGUAAUUUCUUUGUUUAAUGUACUAUUUCAGCUUGUAAGGUUUGCAUCUAUGAAUUUCCCAGAUCCCAGUUUAUAUUUACACUUUCAUAAUUUGUUUAUAAACAAUUACACUUGGAUUUAAAAAAAUGUAUAGAUGUGCUGCACAAUUUUUCAAUAAAUACUUAAAAAACAA